AUGCUGGCCGGCAUUGCCUAUGAGGCCCUGCUGGGAGGGUGGCUAGACGUCGCCCUCAUACUCGUCUUCACAGCUUGGCGGGAGGCGGCAUUGAUCCGCUACGCCAUCAUCGCUGUAGGGUCCUCACUAUUGAACAACCAUGUCACCUGGUUGGUGGUUUUCUGGCCAUACAUCAAACAAUUGGCUAUCAUCUCCUUUGCUUUCCUGGUUCUGGGGAGCUGGUUACACGGGACCCCUGCCAAGCAAACGACGUGGGCGGGAUUGGGGAAGCCCCUCCUCAUCCCAGCCAAGACGACGCAUCGGAGAACCUUCCCCGCCAAGCAUGGCUUCUCAUACUCCUAUCUUGUUGUCGGCGUUCCAGUCGGCUGGACCGGGUCCGCCGGCGGCAUGGUCUCUUCAGGGACUGAACUGGACUCUUCCGGUGGCGGUAACGCCAUUUCAUGGCUGAGAGCGAAGACCCAUGGGACAUGUGCAUGGUUUCACGUCAACGAAGCAGACCACCUUGGGAGAGAGCCUGGGACCCUUGAGACCAAGUUGCACAACUACUUGAAGUCACAGGACGUUGACCCCAACGCGUACCCUCAUGCCUAUCUCGUCACCGCGGCUAGCUUUCUGGGUUACAACUUCAACCCAGUUUCAUUUUGGUAUCUCUACACGACAGACAAGACGCUAGCAGCCAUGAUUCUGGAGGUCAACAAUACCUUUGGCGAACGGAGAAUGUAUUUUCUGGCCAUGGACGAAAGAGUGGCCGACGAACCCGAUACCAAUACUAGCAGGUUAUCAAAGUCCUGGCCGAAGGACUUUCACGUCUCCCCAUUCAAUUCUAGAAAAGGAUCGUACUCGCUGCAAAUUCACGACAUGUUGAGUUCGAAUAGCAACAAACCAGGCCGUCUUGAUGGCACCAUUACUCUCAAGUCUUCCAAGGACCACCCCAAGAUCGUCGCCCGCCUCUUCCAAGAAGGAGAUCCCGUUGACCCCACAACAGCGAGCUUGGCCACGAAGUUGAUGUUCCUCCUCAGCUGGUGGUGGGUGGGCUUUGUGACGUUUCCAAGGAUCGUCAAGGAGGCAGGUCGGCUUUUCUUCCGCCGCAAGCUCCACGUCUGGUUCCGCCCCGAGCCCCUCAAAGACAGCAUGGGCCGUGUCGCCGACACGACGGAGCGGCAGCUGGAACCCAUCUUCCGGGAUUAUUUACACCACCUCGUACAGCAGUCGGGUGCAAAUCUGACCGUCAAGUACACCUCGAGCAGUGGAGACGCGCCCCUCAUCAUUAAAGGAACCUCCUCCUCGGGGCCGGUCAGCCAGCACACAGAACCGCGAGCCGCCGAUAGCGACGACCAAAUCGAAUUCAGAGUUCUGACACCGGUGUUCUACACCCGGUUCGUCCACUACGCGCAUGACUUUGAGGCAGUCUUCAGCGAGCUACGCGAGAGCGAAACGAUAUGGGUGUCACGGCCCGAGCUGCUGCCCCGUCUCUUCGUGUCGAAGAAGGCUGCGGCGCCGCUGAGGAUUAGCAGCCCACUGGACUUUGUAUAUUUUAAAGCGAUCCGCGCGCUGCGAGAGCGGCCGGAACGCAUCGAGCGACCACUGACGUCGAGCGUGGUGGCCGCACCGUCCGAGAAGGCGGGUACACAGCGGACGGAUGACCUGAGGCAGUUCCGCAUCUCAGGUAUGGACGGCUUUGUCCUCGCACAUGAGGACAAGCAUGUGCGGAAACUCUACCGGUCGCUCGUGCUGAGGGUCUUCCUUGCUGAGAGGUUAGCCCUGGGUUCCAUGGAGCUGCUCUGGUUGCAAGAGCUGAUUCUCCGUGUCGGCACGGCCUGGGCAGUUUCUGAAAACACAAGUGGCUAUCUCGCAGGCAGAAUCAUGGCGUAG